CCUAGGUUUUCCUGACCAAUCGCAGGCUUCGUUUCAUUUCGUGAUGACAAGAGGCAACAAAAUGGCGGACGUAGAUAAGUGGAUUGAGGUUGCGAAACAGUGCAAAUAUUUACCAGAAAAUGAUUUGAAGAAACUGUGUGACAUGGUGUGUGAGUUGCUGCUGGAGGAGUCGAAUGUCCAGCCAGUGUCCACUCCAGUCACUGUGUGCGGAGACAUUCAUGGCCAGUUCUAUGACUUGAUGGAGUUGUUCCAGACCGGGGGGCAGAUGCCAGACACAAACUACAUCUUCAUGGGGGACUUUGUCGACCGUGGGUACUACAGUCUGGAGACCUUCACCUUGCUGCUCACUCUCAAGGCCAAGUGGCCUGACAAGAUUGUUCUAUUGAGAGGAAAUCACGAAAGUCGCCAGAUCACACAAAUCUAUGGGUUCUAUGAUGAGUGUCAGACAAAGUAUGGGAACGCCAAUGCCUGGAGAUAUUGCUGUCGGGUGUUUGACCUCCUCACCAUCUCCGCUAUCAUCGAUGAAUGCAUUCUGUGUGUACACGGUGGCCUUUCUCCGGACAUCAAGACAAUCGACCAGAUCCGUACCAUCGAGCGCAACCAGGAGAUACCUCACAAGGGGGCUUUUUGUGACCUGGUGUGGUCCGACCCUGAGGACGUCGACACAUGGGCCAUGAGUCCAAGAGGUGCUGGCUGGCUUUUCGGCGCCAAGGUUACCAACGAGUUUGUCCACAUCAAUAACCUGAAGCUCAUCUGCCGAGCUCACCAGCUGGUUCAUGAAGGGUACAAAUACAUGUUUGAUGAGAAGCUUGUGACGGUGUGGUCGGCACCCAACUACUGCUACCGCUGCGGCAACAUCGCUGCCGUCCUCUCCUUCAGUAACCCAGACACCAAGGAGGCCAAGCUGUUCCGUGCAGUUCCAGACAAUGAGAGAGUUAUUCCCCCUCGGACACAGACCCCGUACUUCUUAUGAGCAUCAUGUCACAGUAACAAAGGAUAAGUGAUAGUGCCUCACACUCUGGGGUGGUGUUUGAUUUGACAACAGUGAAAUAAUUCAGGGUGAACCACUGUGAGAAUCCAAUGAGAAAUACUCUUUAUCAAUGAUUGAAAUAUUAACAUCUGAAUUGAGAUUAUAACAUUUUGCAUGCAACAAUUAUUUGAUAGAUACUAAUGAAUCUGUGUUUAUGUAGUGUGAGAGCGCCAUGUGUGAUUAGGUCCUUUCUGGCCCACAAGAUCUGGCAAAUUUCAAAUAUGGAGAAAAGUGUAAAUACCUGAAGUUAUUUAAGACAUACAGUAUCACGGGACUUUUACUUGGCAAUUUUCUUUUGGGAGUAUUGGAUUUAAACACAAGUAUGUCCAGUGGUGUACUUUAAAGGUGUUAAAACCAAGAGUACGGUUGGAAUUGUUUUUCAAGAGUAUUUAAUUGUUUUUCUCAACAUUGAACAGUCCUUGAUGCAAGUUGAUUUUUUUAUGAGUUAUAAAACAAUAGUGCAGUCAUUUGCCUAACUGCAUUAUGAGUUUAUAAAACACUAUAUACAGUCAAGUCUCGUUAAUCCAACAAUCGGCUUUAUCUGACACAAAUGAUGGGAACCGAUUACAUCAGUGCUCUAUAUAGUCACGUUAAUCCCACAGUCUCACACUCAGACUACGACACACCUAAUUUGCAACGAAUUACCAAAAUCACUCAUUAAUCAAUCUCGUUAAUCCGACCCAGUGAUCCGCUGCAAGUACACAGCCCCAUGUUUUGAUGUGAGACGUGUCGGCUAGUAGCUGCAUAUUACCAACGGUUGUAUGGAAAAACUUGCUUAACAACAAACAAUUAAAGCUUUGAAUUAACAAACAGGAUAUAAAAAUAUCACAUGCUUAGAUUACCUCAGUCUCAUAAAAAUCAGAUACAAGUUCUUGCAACCGCUGAAGAUAUCCCAUUACAGGUCACGUCAGAACGACCUUUCGCAAACUUUGACUGACCAAUGAAAUGGCUAACAGGAAGUCUACAUUGACCACUAAGAAAGCAGCUUUCUUGAGCUUUGUGGCACUUGUUUCAAACUGGCAACUUCCAUUCCAGACUAUGCUUACAAAAGUAUCUUUAAUCAGUCAACAGUAGUUCUGUGUUUAGCUUUAGAGGUUGCAUGAUUAGAAAACAUAUUCCGCUAACAAUAUGAAUAUUUCAUUUUUAUUUUAUCGUUAUCUGUCGUGUAGUUGUCCGAUUUUCGAUCACGAAAGUUGAUGCAACUUAAUUUCGUGUAUCUGACAUACUCGUUAAUCCGACAUAAUCAUAUUCUGCCAACCAUGUUGGAUUAACGGGACUUGACUGUGUGUACUUGCUCAUGGGUGGUUUCUCCAGAACCAUGUAAAUCCUUGCUUUGUAACCUCAAUAUUUUAUUGAACAUUGCAGUUACCGGUACUCUAGUGUGGUAAAGAAACUGUGCCAGUCAUUGGAACCCCUCAUUUGAUAUUAAGUUCCUAACAAUACUCCAAUCAUCAGAAUUUGUCCUAUUUAGUGGGGUGAAAAGACUUCAUCUGACCUUGGCCUUCAUACAUGUGUCUUUGCCAUUUGAGCAGGGAGUUGAUUAAUGAUGACAUGGAGGCCUUGUCUUGACUAGUGUCCUACCAGGGUGAUGUUCACAAUGUAUUGGUCCCCCCACACCUGCCCUAGGCGGGUCUGUGGUGGGUGGGUGGGAGUACUCUAUGACUGGUCCACCCACACCUGCCCUAGGCGGGUCUGUGGUGGGUGGGUGGGAGUACUCUAUGACUGGUCCCCCCACACCUGCCCUAGGCGGGUCUGUGGUGGGUGGGUGGGAGUACUCUAUGACUGGUCCCCCCACACCUGCCCUAAGCGGGUCUGUGGUGGGUGGGUGGGAGUACUCUAUGACUGGUCCCCCCACACCUGCCCUAAGCGGGUCUGUGGUGGGUGGGUGGGAGUACUCUAUGACUGGUCCACCCACACCUGCCCUAGGCGGGUCUGUGGUGGGUGGGUGGGAGUACUCUAUGACUGGUCCCCCCACACCUGCCCUAAGCGGGUCUGUGGUGGGUGGGUGGGAGUACUCUAUGACUGGUCCACCCACACCUGCCCUAAGCGGGUCUGUGGUGGGUGGGUGGGAGUACUCUAUGACUGGUCCACCCACACCUGCCCUAGGCGGGUCUGUGGUUGGUGGGUGGGAGUACUCUAUGACUGGUCCCCCCACACCUGCCCUAAGCGGGUCUGUGGUGGGUGGGUGGGAGUACUCUAUGACUGGUCCACCCACACCUGCCCUAGGCGGGUCUGUGGUGGGUGGGUGGGAGUACUCUAUGACUGGUCCACCCACACCUGCCCUAGGCGGGUCUGUGGUUGGUGGGUGGGAGUACUCUAUGACUGGUCCACCCACACCUGCUCUAGGCGGGUCUGUGGUUGGUGGGUGGGAGUACUCUAUGACUGGGACCACACUUCUGGUCAGUUGGAAGCUGAUAUCUUUACAGUUUUAAGCUGUCAAUGUAUUUAGAUCUACGAGUGCAUUGAAACAAAUUUGUGACUUAUUUAUCACUCAAUGUUGAAUUUUUUCAUUCCAUGUCCUCACAGCAAAAAUGUCUUGUUCAAAUGCAUUUUUUUUACCAUGAUUGCAAUUGGAGAAAAUGUUGUUUUAUUAAAUAAUAAUAAAAUGUUCAAAAUUCGCAAAAUCGAACUGAAGGUGUAACUGGGGAGAAAAGGUCCCAAACAUGGCAACCUUGUCUGCCCACAGUGUCACAGCAGUAGGUGUUAUACACACAAAGGUGGCUAUCUCAUGUCUUGGCCGGCAGGACGUCAGAUAAAGAAUGAACUUACAUUAUCUUUUUCUAUAGUAACAAUUCUGUACUUUUUUUCUUUGAGAUUCUUUGUUCUGUACGCCAGCAGUUGUCCUGUUGCUUCCGAUUUUCACAUUUUGAUGAUACUUUGAACAAUCUCUUUAAGAUCAGAUCUUUAUCUUCUUUGUCUUUGAUAGAGAUUACUGAAUCAGAUUUAAACAUCAAAUUUUAUUGAGAUUAAUAUUUUGAAUAAUUUCCAGGUCACGCUUGUUGAUUGAGUGCACAUAAGAAAGAUUAAAAUAUUCAAGAUGGAAGGUUCAUAAAAUGAAUGUAAAUAUUGUUUUUAUAGUAGUUCAUGUGCGGAUUCCUCAUGUUGAUUGUAAAUCAGGUAGAAGCAUUUCUGUUUGUAUCACAGUUAUAAUCUUUGUAUAGAUUUGUUCAUCGCUGAGUCAACAAGGCAGAGUCAACAUUGAGGGGUUUUUGUUAGAACUUUCUUGUGAUGGUGAGGCCAGAGAACCCCAGCUAUGUUUAGAGUAAUAAUGAUAAUAAUCAUACUAUCAGUCGCUAUUGCUAGUAGUGGCUGGGUAACUUUGUGAAACAAGUGAAGAUUGUUUUUAUGAUGACUUUGAACAGCGGGAUGCGUACUCAUCAUCCAAGUUCCACAUUGUAAGCAACAAGCACCCAUGAACUGGGAGUCGAUGAAGAGAAACAGUUCUGUUUACAUUCCUUCUUUCCCUGAUUUGUGACCUGAAGAUUUCUGGACAGGAUGUGGAUCAUCUGUAUGAUGACUGAAUGAAUUGAUAAGUCAGUUGAAACAUGAAAUAAGUCACUGAUUGAUCAUGCUAAGUCAUCAAUAUAUUUGUGUGGAUAAUUACUACCCAGUUUCUCAACACAACUGGCUAACAGCUAACACUGUCGCAUGUCCCACUCCCUGCAGACUCGUUGUGAUGUACUGGACAUACACUACUUAUUGCUGGACAUCUUUCAUCUUGACUUGGGGUUUAAUUACAACUACAGUCGUUGUGCACUUGUAUUAUAUCACCUGUAUGGAGUCCAACUUAACAGGAGCUGUGGAAAUAUAUUGUUGUGUAUAUAUAAUUCUAUUCUGGAGGUUUUAGGAACUGGUCAUUUAUUAUAGGGUGUGGGUUGAAAAAUAACAGUGGAAAAGGCAGUUGUUAAAAUGAUCAUAACAAUAUUAGGGGGCCUGAAAAAUAUGACAGUUCUAUGAUUAAUCAAAUAAACACAUGUCUCUCCAUGUGGACAUCUGUAACACAUGACACAUGACAGCCACACGAGCACUGCUCCAUGCAUCACUUGGUGCUGUGGUAGUGACGUGUCUCUCCAUGUGGACAUCUGUAACUCAUGACAGCCAAACGAGCACUGCUCCAUGCAUCACUUGGUGCUGUGGUAGUGAAGUGUCUCUCCAUGUGGACAUCUGUAACUCAUGACACAUGACAGCCACACGAGCACUGCUCCAUGCAUCACUUGGUGCUGUGGUAGUGACGUGUCUCUCCAUGUGGACAUCUGUAACUCAUGACACAUGACAGCCACACGAGCACUGCUCCAUGCAUCACUUGGUGCUGUGGUAGUGACGUGUCUCUCCAUGUGGACAUCUGUAACACAUGACACAUGACAGCCACACGAGCACUGCUCCAUGCAUCACUUGGUGCUGUGGUAGUGACGUGUCUCUCCAUGUGGACAUCUGUAACACAUGACACAUGACAGCCACACGAGCACUGCUCCAUGCAUCACUUGGUGCUGUGGUAGUGACGUGUCUCUCCAUGUGGACAUCUGUAACUCAUGACAGCCACACAAGCACUGCUCCAUGCAUCACUUGGUGCUGUGGUAGUGACGUGUCUCUCCAUGUGGACAUCUGUAACACAUGACACAUGACAGCCACACGAGCACUGCUCCAUGCAUCACUUGGUGCUGUGGUAGUGACGUGUCUCUCCAUGUGGACAUCUGUAACUCAUGACAGCCACACGAGCACUGCUCCAUGCAUCACUUGGUGCUGUGGUAGUGAAGUGUCUCUCCAUGUGGACAUCUGUAACUCAUGACACAUGACAGCCACACGAGCACUGCUCCAUGCAUCACUUGGUGCUGUGGUAGUGACGUGUCUCUCCAUUUGGACAUCUGUAACUCAUGACACAUGACAGCCACACGAGCACUGCUCCAUGCAUCACUUGGUGCUGUGGUAGUGACGUGUCUCUCCAUUUGGACAUCUGUAACUCAUGACACAUGACAGCCACACGAGCACUGCUCCAUGCAUCACUUGGUGCUGUGGUAGUGACGUGUCUCUCCAUGUGGACAUCUGUAACUCAUGACACAUGACAGCCACACGAGCACUGCUCCAUGCAUCACUUGGUGCUGUGGUAGUGACGUGUCUCUCCAUGUGGACAUCUGUAACUCAUGACACAUGACAGCCACACGAGCAAUGCUCCAUGCAUGAAUUUGUGUGACACCUACCAGUGCUGUUUGACUGGUUUUCCUUCUACUGGAACAGGCCCAUGGCUUUCUUCGUUAAGAAUAGCGACGACACAACGCACACACAUGUAUUCACGGGAGAUGGAGGAAUGUAGUGUUUACGAUCAUGUGAAGGACUCACAAUGUCCCACAGUAAGUUUGCCCUGGGAUUAGAGCUAUCACAGGUUCAAUUGCAACAUAGAAUUGUGAAACUGGUAAUCUAAGAUUGCCUUCAGUCAGGUGAAGAAGACAAAGUUAGUGGCUGUGCUGGAUAUCUUUGUGGCAGGGGGUUAGGAUGGUAUUUGGAUUCGUAGAUUGUCAACCUGUGCCAAAACUCAAUAACUUCCUGAAUGUACAGUGCAGCCCAAUAAUCACCAGGUGCAGUUGUUCCCCUUGGGUACUGGAUCUGGUGAUUAUUGAUUGGAAUCGCAGAUCCACAUCAAUAAUGACCUGCAUCACUUCGGGCUUCCCACCCACAUUAAGCUGACAUACAGCGAUAUGACUGAUAAACUUGUCAAAGCAGGUUUACCCUACUCGACAAACAUAUAGAUGUGUGAUGCCGUAUGCAUGUGGAAUAGUCCUAGGAAAUCACAGCAAUAGUUACACAUUAAGUAUUUUGUCCUGUUGCUAACUUUGAAGAUUUUGUGUCUCUAGACUGUAGAUGUUAAUCAUAGGUAUAUGCUAUGGCAUUUGAUACACAAUCAAAACUGUAAAGUGCUGAAAAGACGCUUUUGAUCAUACCUUGUUCUUGAGUGACAAUGUCUGUCUGAUCAUAUGUUUUAUGAAAGUUAUUUUAACAUAUGCAUUGAUUCCAACAUGAAAUGACCGGUUGUACAUAUUUUUGUGUUAUACUGUAACAUACAUGUUUUGUAAAAGAAAAGUACAUAUGUAGUUUCCAAUAAACAUCACCGAUUGUA